AUGGCUGCCCAGACCACCAUCAGAGUCCCCCACCUCGGUGGUAUCACCGCCGGCUACCGCCUCUCGGGUGACAAGGUUGACACCUCUAAGCCGACGCUGGUCCUGAUCAACUCCAUGUGCACCACCUCGUCGCUGUACAACGAGCAGUUUGACAGCAAGACCCUGACUGACGCCGUCAACCUCCUCGCCGUCGAGCCUCUCGGCCACGGUGCCACCAGCUCCCCCGUCGAGCACUUCACCUACUGGGACUCGGCCAUCAUGGCCCUUCAGGUCAUGGAGGCUCUCGGCGUCAGCAAGGCCUUUGCCCUCGGCACCAGCCAGGGUGGCUGGAUCGUCGUCCGCAUGGCCCUGCUCGCUCCCGAUAAGAUCCAAGGUCUCCUCCCCCUCGGUACCUCGAUGGAUUACGAGUCGGCCGCGUCGCGCGAGAAGGGCUGCUGGGACCCCAACGCCCAGCUCAAGUCGUUCUACGACAAGUGGUCCACGCCUGUCGACGACUUCGUCGUUGACGAGGUCUGGCGCGGAAUGGUCGCCCAGCUGGGCUUCGCCGGCACCAUCACGCCCGAGAAGCUGUCCUUCUGGGACAAGACGCUCCAGGAGGUCUACAAGGGCGACGAGGGCCGCAAGAAGGUCCGCAUGGCCCUCGCCAACCUCAUGACCAGGGACGGUCUCCUCAUCCGCCUCGGCGACGUCAAGUGCCCCGUCUACUGGCUCCAGGGCCCCGAGGACCCAGUCUACGGGAAGCUCGUCCCCCAGGAGCAUAUCAAGCUCUUCACCUCGGCCCCCGAGGCUACCCUGACCUUUGUCGACGGUGCCGGCCACUACCUCAACGCCACCAGCCCCAAGGAGACGGAGGCUGCCAUCCUCAAGAUGGUCAAGAAGUACGCUUAG